UUUGAUUCUUUAUAAUUAUUUGUAAAGUUAUUGUUUGCAAAUUAAUAGUUAUUUCCAAAUAAUUGUUAUGUGAUUCGAUAGACAUUUCAAAAGACUUGUUGAAUAAGUACUUUAAAGAUUAAUCGUCCAUACUCACCGCAUGAUCGGUUAGCUAUCCAGUCCUUCCAGUGGCGUGAUAGAAGUUGAUUGAGACUGAGGAUGGGAAUUUGCACAUCAUGUUGCGAAGAUCCUUCUGGUGAUUUAGGAUCUUCUAAUAACCAUUCUCGAUUCCAGACCCGGCAGCCAGUGAACGAACCCGACCCUGAAACUAAACGUCGGCUGCAAGCGGAAGCGGCAGAAAAAAGGCAAAAGGAAACGGAAUCGCGUGGCGUCCACGAUCCUGAACGAGUAAAAAGGCUGCAGCAGAGAAAAGACGAACUGGAGCGAGCGCGCGAUGUUGCGCCUCAGGCGUCUGAAGGUGGACUGCGGUGGACUACUGGGUAAAAUCAAGCCAACGACAUUUGCCAGCUGUGCAUUUCAGUUUGAAUAAUAAGAAUAUAUGCUGUUUUUGGACCAUGGACGUCGUUUUUUUGACAGGAACUUCGUUGUCUUCCGUGACUAAAAUAAUUAACGCUGCAUUGCAGAUGCAACUUUGUAAUGUUGGACGUAGUCACGUACGUGCUUGUAUCCAUGUAUUUUUGAUAUUCUUCCAGAUCUUCUGUAUACAAGCUAAUUUUUUUUCGAAGUCUUGAUAUCGUUUUUAUGUACAACGAAGCGUUUUUGUAUGUACUUUUCCUCUGUAAAUACUCAGUGCAAGGGUUAAUGCAGUGGUGGUGUUGUGAACUGUGAUCGAAAUAUUUUAGCCUCAACUUCAACGCUCGCGAUAAAUUUAGG